UGGGUGACAGAGUGAGACACUGUCUCAAAAAAAAAAAAAAGAAAGAAAAAGAAAAGUUGCAGGAGGGUAAGGAACUCCUGAGUACCCUCUUCUCAGAUGCACAAGUGGUUUAUGUUUUGCCCCCUUCUAUUCUCUCUCCACCCACAUACAAACUCACACAUGCACACAGACACAGGCAUUUUUCCUGAACCAUUUGAGAGUAAGCUGAAGACAUCACGCUGUUUUAUUUGCUCUGUAUACUUCAGUGUAUAUUUCCUAAGAACUAGGACCUUCUCUCACGUAACCACGGUAAGACAGCAAAGUCAGGAAAUUGAACAUUGACACAACCGUGUGAUUUAGCCCACAGUCCGUGUUCAACCUUCAGUCGUCCACAUAGCCUCCUUUAUAGCUAAAUGUAUUUUUGGGAAGGAGUUGUGCAGUGUGGGGGUUCUUUCUAAAGGGCUGUAGUCUAAUUUUCUACCUCAUGAGCCUUUUUAAGAAAAAGUGUUUCUAAAAGUUAGAAUGCUUAUUGUGAAAAUUUUGGAAACUACAGAAAAGUAAAAGAAGGAAAAAAUAAAAAUCAUUCGUAAUUCCAGCUCAGAGGCUGAGUGAUCGACCAGGUAAACGGCUUGCAGAAAGGUGGUAGCAAGACUUUCUCAGCUCCUUCCGCUCUGGUGACUUGGCCAUGCAGACCUGUGGUCCCUCCACCACCCACACCAGGCAGGAGCCCUGAAGCCGAGUCCUGGGGCUGUGGGAGGAGCCGGCCCCUGUCUGGAGCUGACUGUCUUCCAUGCUCCUGCCCACCCCUUGGGGAGGUGCCCACCAGGCAGGCGGACUUAACCAGCCUUGGUGGUGCCUUUGUGGUGCGGAAGGGUGGAGAUCGUUACUAAAUAUCCAGAACUUGUUGGAGACUUGAAAUGUUGCAGGCCCACUCUUGCCUGGUUUAUACCUCUUGCUUCCUAGACUUGGCAGAGGUUAAGGCUGGGGCCUUGGAGCGUGAGUGAGAGAAACAGCACUGGCCCCGAGUCAGUGACCUCUUGGCUGCUUCGGGCGGUUGUUAGACUUGCCUUUUAUGAGCCUCUUGGCUCCUACCAGUGGGUUACAGAAGAAAUAAAAUGUGAAAUUCUGCCGUGUGAGGUUUGCUGUUUGCUAAUGACUGCUUCUCAAAAGUUCCUAGGGAAAGGUUUUAACAUUGGUGCAGGUAGUGAAGUUUGGAUCUCGCUUCUCGGCUUUGUCUGCUUAGGUGGUCCUUUGGCCAUAACAGCUGUAACUGAGAAUAGGUAUCCCGUUUCCUGGCCCAGAAUGGGUCUUUGCUAAGCCAAUCUGGUUUCUGGAAGGAUUUUGUUCUUAGAAGCUUCUACGUCAUUGUCUUCAGCUCCCCAUCAUUUGUACCUCAGUUUCCCUGAGCUGUAAAUCUACGUUAUGUGUGAAAAUGGGCCUCUGAAGGUCAUGAUCAAAAGCCUUGAGUAUUUUUCCAUUUUCCAUGUGUUUAUUUUUUCUACUCCGGCCCCAGACCCUCUCCUUGAAGGAGCUGGCCUUGAGAGUGACUUCGGUGGGCAGCCGCCCAGACUCCACACACCCCGCUGAGCCCACGUAAUGCCCAACCUGGACGGGCCAGGGCUGAAGGACUACUCUUCAAAGAAACCCUUUGAAGUGCAAACAUUUCCUUUCCUGAAAAGAAGGGAAAUUGAAAUGAAAACGUAUUGUUCUGUGUAGACAAUGUUCUCUUCGAUCAAAGACGGAGUGGGGCUUAUAAAGGGAGAUGCACAAAUUAGAGCUUUGUGUGGCUGGUGGUGUGGACGUGAAUAUUCAUCCCUGUGGAGGAAAACAGUGGGGCCUCUGAGAUUGGGAUCUCAUUCCUGGCAACACGUGCCUCUGGGUGAGCCCCACAUCCAAGGUCCUCGUUUCAGAUUCUCACAUACCCAACUGCCUGCCAGAUAGUCCUGUCUGUUCUGCUGGACACAGGACAUGUGACAAGACUGCUUUUUGAUCCGAGGAUAUUUUGACUGUCAUUUAUGAAUGAUCCCAGAACCUUCCUUGUAUCUCUCCUGAGACAUCUUUGCUGCAAGAUCGAGACUGUCCUCUGGUGAGAAGCUGUCGAGGCCUCGUGUCAUAGUCCAGAUCUGAACAGCAACAUGGGGUGCAAAGUCCUGCUCAACAUUGGCCAGCAGAUGCUGCGGCGGAAGGUGGUGGACUGUAGCCGGGAGGAGACACGGCUGUCUCGCUGCUUGAACACUUUUGACCUGGUGGCCCUUGGGGUGGGCAGCACGCUGGGUGCCGGCGUCUACGUCCUGGCUGGAGCGGUGGCCCGUGAGAAUGCGGGCCCUGCCAUUGUCAUCUCCUUCCUGAUCGCUGCACUGGCCUCGGUGCUGGCCGGCCUAUGCUAUGGGGAGUUUGGUGCUCGGGUCCCCAAGACAGGGUCAGCUUACCUCUACAGCUAUGUCACCGUUGGGGAGCUCUGGGCCUUUAUCACCGGCUGGAACUUAAUCCUCUCCUACAUCAUCGGUACUUCAAGCGUAGCGAGGGCCUGGAGCGCCACCUUCGACGAGCUGAUCGGGAGACCCAUCGGGAAGUUCUCGCGGACACACAUGGCUCUGAACGCCCCCGGUGUGCUGGCCGAAAACCCUGACAUAUUCGCCGUGAUCAUAAUUCUCAUCUUGACAGGACUUUUAACUCUUGGUGUGAAGGAGUCGGCCAUGGUCAACAAAAUAUUCACUUGUGUCAACGUCCUGGUCCUGGGCUUCAUAAUGGUAUCGGGAUUUGUGAAAGGAUCAGUUAAAAACUGGCAGCUCACAGAGGAGGAUUUUGGGAACACAUCAGGCCGUCUCUGUUUGAACAAUGACACAAAAGAAGAGAAGCCCGGUGUUGGUGGAUUCAUGCCCUUCGGGUUCUCUGGCGUCCUGUCGGGGGCAGCGACUUGCUUCUAUGCCUUCGUGGGCUUUGACUGCAUCGCCACCACAGGUGAAGAGGUGAAGAACCCACAGAAGGCCAUCCCCGUGGGGAUCGUGGUAUCCCUCCUGAUCUGCUUUAUCGCCUACUUUGGGGUGUCGGCUGCCCUCACACUCAUGAUGCCCUACUUCUGCCUGGACAAUAACAGCCCCUUGCCCGACGCCUUUAAGCAUGUGGGCUGGGAAGGCGCCAAGUAUGCAGUGGCCGUGGGCUCCCUCUGUGCUCUUUCCGCCAGUCUUCUAGGUUCCAUGUUUCCUAUGCCUCGGGUUAUCUAUGCCAUGGCUGAAGAUGGACUGCUAUUUAAAUUUUUGGCCAAGGUCAAUGACAGGACCAAAACACCAAUAAUCGCCACGUUAGCCUCGGGUGCCAUUGCUGCUGUCAUGGCCUUCCUCUUUGACCUGAAGGACUUGGUGGACCUCAUGUCCAUUGGCACCCUCCUGGCUUACUCGUUGGUGGCUGCCUGUGUGUUGGUCUUACGGUACCAGCCAGAGCAACCUAACCUGGUAUACCAGAUGGCCAGUACUUCCGAUGAGUUAGAUCAUGCGGACCAAAAUGAGCUGACUAGCACCAGUGAUUCCCAGCUGGGUUUUUUACCAGAGGCAGAGAUGUUUUCCUUGAAAACCAUACUCUCACCCAAAAACGUGGAGCCUUCCAAAGUCUCUGGGCUAAUCGUGAACAUUUCAACUAGCCUCAUAGCUGUUCUCAUCAUCACCUUCUGCCUUGUGGCUGUGCUUGGAAAAGAGGCUCUCACCAAAGGGGCACUGUGGGCAGUCUUCAUGCUUGCAGGGUCUGCCCUCCUCUGUGCCAUGGUCACGGUCGUCAUCUGGAGGCAGCCCGAGAGCAAGACCAAGCUCUCAUUUAAGGUUCCCUUCCUGCCAGUGCUCCCCAUCCUGAGCAUCUUCGUGAAUGUCUAUCUCAUGAUGCAGCUGGACCAGGGCACCUGGGUCCGGUUUGCCGUGUGGAUGCUGAUAGGCUUCAUCAUCUACUUUGGCUAUGGCCUGUGGCACAGUGAGGAGGCGUCCCUGGAUGCUGACCAAGCAAGGACUCCUGACGGCAACUUGGACCAGUGCAAGUGACGCACAGCCCCGCCCCCCGGAGGUGGCAGCACCCCACGCCCCC